AUGUCCAGUAAGCGGCGAGCCGUAGGCCAGGACGACGAGCCGAGGCCAAGUCUGCGCCACUGCCGCCGCCAUCGACACGCCGCCGGCCGCCGUAAGCACCUGUACCUGGUGCUGGAUGACUGGAACAAUGGCUUCAGUAUCCACAAGAUUGAUCCCGACAGUUUGGAUGACGAAUCACCUGCCGGUGCCGGGCAGGGGCAGCAGCACCUCCCGGAGCCCCCAGUGCUGCGGCUAGAGUCACCGAUCGGCUCCGUACCCCAUGACCGUGUGUCCUUCUCCGCGCUAGGCACCAAGAUGUUGGUUUUCAUGAACCACCGCUGCGCCCUCGUGUAUGACACCGAGACGGCGGUGGUGUCCAUCGGCCCCCACGCCCCUGCUCGGAUGCUGUGCGGCUCCGGCGUCACCGUGCCUGCCGGCGGCAUGCUCUACGCACUGUCGCAUCGCUUCUUCGACAAGGAGGAUCCGAGCUCGUUCCAUGUGAUGCAGCAGGAGGGCGGCGGCUGGUCCUGGAAGACCCUGCCGGAACCACCACCGUCGUUCACCAGCCGUCAGAUUGUCGUCUCCCACGCGCUGCACCCUGACGGAUGCACCAUCUUCAUGACCAUGGCUGACGGGGGCACUCCAGGCGAACCAUUGGGCACCUACUCCUUCAACACCGAGCGUUCGGAGUGGAGGAGCCAUGGGGAUUGGGCUCUGCCUUUCUUUGGCCAGGGCUACUUCGACAGCGAGCUGGACGCAUGGGUCGGCCUUCACUGGGAGGGCUACGUCUGUUCCUGCCAAGUCGCCUCCCGUUCCCGUAGCAGCACCAGCGAAUCAUCUAUGAUCCUAAUGACCAAGGAGAAGCUAGCCUACGACUACGAGGACUGGACCGACAGGCGCGGUAGCGCCUCUCUCACCUACAUGAACAUGAUGGGGGGCACAAGCAAGUUUUGCGUUGUACAGACCAUGAUGCCAGAUGGAGUCGACGACGAGGACCGGGACUACUGCUCGGCUCGCCAGCUCCGUUUCACCAUGUUUGGCCUCAAGUAUGAUCGCAGUGGAGAGCUACGCAUCACGAAUCGCCGCUCCACGCGCUCCUUCCUAUUGUCUAGGCAUAGAUAUAACUUAUUUGUUCCAUUUGCAUUAUGGAUUUAG